UUGAAAGUUCAGAUUCAAAGGCAAAUACAAAGGAUACUCACCACCAGAGCGACUUCCUCUUGUCAAUUCUAACCUUUUUAAAUUAUUGAGUUCAAAAUGAAUGAUUUGUACAUACCGAUGGAAUUUCUUAAAACAAAAUAUAGAGUUAGGACCAACGUUACUAAGUUUGGCAGAAUCCAUGUCUCGAAGGCUAACUCCACUGCUGACCAUCAGCGUAAAGAAAUUUAUACACUAUCAAAUCACUUAAAAGAUAUCUAAAAGUAGUGAAGCCUUCAAAAAUGUGAAAAUUUAAAUCUUAAUAUUAUUAGUCCCUCGAUUAUUGAUAAACUAUGAUUUUGAUUCGAUUGAAGCAUACACUUUUGGUCCAUCUACCCCGUGAAUCUUCUUAUUGAACGAGAAUAAUAUAGUUUAGGAAAUAAUGUAAAUAUAAAAAGGGUCAAAAGGUGCAAUUAAAAAAAAGCGUCAUCUAUUUAAUUAAAUCCCCACAUGUGUCAUCUUAUAAUUUCGUUAAAUGGACACUUGAGAAGAAAGCCAAAAUUCUUCUCUUUUUAUCUAUCUUAAGGCUGCUACCGAUUCCUUAUCUGUUAUCCUGACGUCCUGUAUGCAGGGUUGUUCGGAAAGCCCAACAACUCCCAUGCUUUCCGUUGGUCAACAACCAACUAACCCAGUCCUUUUUUUCACACAAGCUCGCAUUUUUCGAGCAAGAAGCGGAAUUACUUGAAUUUCACAUGGAUCGUUUUCUUUCUGAAGUGACUACACUGACAGUCGGACUCCUUCUUUCGGGAGCUAUUUUUGGGGCUUUUAAAGCAGGCCGACUUUUCGAACGAAGUACUAUUGCGGAGAGUAUACAUGACUUCGUAUACUUUCAAAGUAGAUGGAGUGAUCAAGCGGCCCUUCUUGCCUUUUUUUUGCUUAGUUGUAAGUAAGCGUUGGUAGGAGCGGCGGGAUGAUGAUGAGUAUAUAAAUCAAUAAAGACCAAAAAAAUUGGACGUCCAAGCAAAAAAUAAAAAUUGAUAUAUAUGGUGAAAAGGAAUAGGAAGGUAAUAUAUAUAUUCUAAUAAAUUAAAAUUUACCUAAAGAUACACAACCUACCAAAAGAUAAGCUUAACGAAGUUGAAAUCAAAUAAUCCAUUUAACUUCUUGCUAAAAAUGACAAAAUAGAAGCUAUAAAAUCGACUUUGUUAUAAAAUUGACAGCAAAUUUAGAAGUCAAUUUUCAGAAACAAUUUUAUUGUCCAUUAUUUUGUCGUCUUCAUUUGAUUUCAUGUUUCAUCAAAGUUUAUUUAUUUAACCAGUCCACAGAAAUAUUCUUUCUUAUACUCCUUUGAUUCCACGGCUUCAUAAAUAAGUAAUAAUAAUUCACUAUUUUUUUUUCUUAUAUAAAAGUUAAAACAUCAAAUGGAUAAAAUUGAAUUUCCUCCUUUAAGUUGGUCUAUGCCGUUCAACUUACUGUAGGUGUGCACAAGUCGAUACUUAUAAAGUUGAACAAACAGACACGCACGUGUCUUACGAGACGUAAUACAAAUACAAAUCAGUUGACACGUGUACACACGUAGGAAGCAUACGUCUACUUGUUCAACUUUAUACAAACUUAAGUACAUACUUGUGUACAACAAAAGUUCGAAAAUAUAAAUGUCAACCGAGGUCAAGUUGGAGUACACGCUUAUGUAUUUUGCCUAAUUAAUAUAAGAGUUUAAGUUCUAUUCAUUAAUGGUAUAAAAAAUUUUAAACAAUCAUAUCAUUCUUUGAUUAGAUAAGAUGUAAGUCAAAUCCAUUUAUGCACAUAAACUACCACAAGCUUCAGAGGUCUUUCUUGCUAUUCUAAACUCUGUUUAGUCAAUCAGCAUAACAUAAAUUGAAAUUAAGGAGUUAAUAGUAUUUAAUUUUCCAUUGACAGUUCAUUAUUUCCCUCAACACUCCACCCCACCCCCACCCCCCACCCACCCCCACACAAAUUUAUUAUACUAUGUGCUUGGUUAUAUAUAUCACUAGUUGGUGAAUCAAAUCAAUCCUCUUAACAUUUGCUUCUCAAACUAUCAGCUAUGGCAGAAGCUCCUAUGCCUUAUACUCCUCCAUCUUCUCCUCCAAAACUAUCAAAUUUACCCAGUUUGUACUGCGCUCUAAUCAUUAUCGGAACAGCAGUUUUCCUGCUGGGCCUCUACAAUUUCAUCAUCACUCGAUGGUGCAACGUAGAUAAUGACACGAAUCAGUCUCUUGAACAAAACUCUAUCCAGGUUCCUAAUAGCCUUAACGUGAACAUAGUGUCCAGUUUCAGGUACACGAAGGAAGAACAUGGAGGAAUGCAUCAGGAGAAGAACAAUGAGUAUGAAUGUGCUGUGUGUUUAUCAGUUUUUGAAGAAGGGGAGGAAGUGAAGGAGCUCCCCAUAUGCAAACAUUCUUUUCAUGCUUCUUGUAUUGAUAUGUGGCUUCAUUCUCACUUGGAUUGCCCGUUAUGUCGUUCUCCGGUGGAGCCACCUGUGCUUCACCGGAAUAGUUUCACAAGGCAAGAGGAGAGUUCUCGAGAUGGAUUGAUAGUCCAAGACAGCUCAGUUUAGUUUAUUUUCAUUUCAUUUUUGUGUUAUGAACACUCUUGUUUCUAUGGAAGAUUGGUUUUGUAUGAGAAGUUCGUUGAUGAGUAUAUCCCAGUGGGUGUGGUAAUAAAGAGAGAUGAUGCAUGGCCUAGUGGUCAAUGAAGGUUGGUUGAAAAUAUGAGGUUUCAUGUUCAAACUCUCAAAAGGCAAAAACACAAGUGACUUUCAAGAUGUCGAAGCCUUGGUUGACAGAGUUAUUGGUAUUGGUAUGGGGGUAGCUGUGCUAGUGGAAGAUAUCGUGUACCCUAUGGAACUAGUCAAGAUGCAUGUAAGCUAACCCAAACACUACGGUUAUGGAAAAGAAGAGAGAUGAUAGUUACAGGGAAAUGCUUGGGAUCUAUAAUGUGAAAAUGAUUACCUGUCUAGUGUUGUAUAUUCAUACAUAAAUCUCAGGGACUUGUUACUAGGAGGCCUACUUAUAAUUUCCCAUCCCCACUUC